AUGCGCUCCUCGAUUACUGCCGCAACGGCGCUCCUCGCCGCCAUGGUCUCUGCCCAUGGCAACGUCGUCUCACCUCCCGCUCGUGAGCCUGGUGCGGCGAUGGCUGCAGCCUGCGGACAGGCAAAUGUCCAGACCGUCACAGAAGACCCUACCAUCCCGCUUGAGGAUCUCGUCAACCCUCCUGCAACCUGCCAAGUGGACCUCUGCCGCGGCGCAAAGUUCGAGGACAACAAGGCCAACGUUCAGACCUUUACCCCAGGCCAGGUCGUCAACAUGAAGGCCGAGAUCCCGAUUCCCCACGAGGGCCCCAUGAACGUCUCCAUCGUAGACACCGCCACGAACAAGGUCAUUGGCGAGCCGCUCAUCGUAUUUGACAGCUAUGCAGACGAAAACUUGGCGGAGCUGCCUGCAAACAACACUAACUUCAACAUCACCAUGCCUUCCAACCUCCCGGCUGGCACAUGCGCCGAGGGCGGCGCGUGUGUGGUACAAUGGUUCUGGUUCGGCACCAACGCGAAGCAAACAUACGAGAGCUGCGUGGACUUUGUGAUGGCUUAG